AUUUUAUAGAGACGUCUCUGGAAAAAACAUUCCCAAAAUUGGCUUAUAAAUACUUUCAAAACCACAAGGCCACAACUCAUCAUUCGCACCAAAGAGAAGAACAAAACAUCAUCAUAUAUUCUAUUGACUAGAUUAAUUUCUUCUAAGUGCAAAAGAGGAGAAAUGGAGUCAAUGAAGAUGAAGCUCAUAGUGGUGUUGAUGGUGGCUAUUGUGGCUUUCUCCGCCGUAGGAAACGUGGCUGCGCAGACAGAGGCUCCGGCUCCAAGUCCUACUUCCGAUGCUGCUAUGUUUGUCCCGGCAUUGUUUGCAUCUGUUGCUGCUUUGGCAUCAGGGUUUCUCUUCUAAACCAAUCUCCACAUUUCAUUGAGUUAGGUUCUAAAUUGUUUUGCCUUUUACUUUCGUUUAUGUCUUAUGGCAUGAGCUUUUUGUUAUUUGUUUCUAAUAUUUGGACUACUAUGUGUUGUGUGUAUAUGAUUCAUAAUUAAUACUAUAUUUAUGGAUUGAUUUCUUUCUAUCAAUGUUUUUCCGAGUCUUGGUUAAUCUACAGUAACCAUAAGAAAAACAUCACAUGCAAGAUAUCUAAUCUAAGUCCACACAAACGAUGUAAACCUCACAUCUUCGAGGGGUAUGAUCAAUGAUGCGAUGAGCUGUGAAAUUUUGGAAGGUUGUGAUAUCUUUGAAAGAUGUGUGGUAAUUAUCAUGAUGAUGAUGCUAUGGCUUCGAGAUUUUCUCAAUAAAAUUCUAGUGAAACUACUUUUCACUAAAAAUAAAACAAAUAAAAGUAAAACUGUGGGCACAACAAUAAAGCUC